CUGAGGUGUCACAGUUACAUCUCUUGAUUGGUUCGAGAUGUUUGUGUGAAACUUUUUUUUCUGCCGCUCUGAGCUGCAGGGCCCCUUUUCCAGUUUCCAGUUGCAGUUUGCAGUUAAGAGCGACUGAAAGAGGGCAGUUUGAUCAACCCACACACAUCGUUCACAGAGACAGUGCUGUGAACUUUUAUGGUAGCUGGUUGGUUGGUGAGUCACCUGGUUGAAGCCAAUGCUCCAUCCCUUUGGACAAACCUGAGUUGAUGGUCAAUCAUCGCCUUCCUCACAGGAAACGCUGAGGAAAACGACAAAGCAUUGCAAGACCUGUGGCGGGAGGUGAAGCAAGGUGAUUGGGUGCAGCAACAACAGAGGAGGAGAGUUGGUGACAAAGAGGGAGGAAGGAGGGAGCUGAAGUAGGUCGCUGAAGGUGCAGAUCAGACUCCAGAUCAGAUCAGAACAGAACGAGAGCGAAGAAGUCUUCAGCUAUGGUGGAUGUUUGGUUACAGUAGUCGCCUCAUGUGGACCAGAUACUCCAGGGGGACACAAGACCAGCAGCAGGCCCCGAAACUUCACCCAGCCUCCAUCCUCCUCAUCAACGUAUCGCCUCUCCUACCCCUGUCCUGUCCUGUCCUGAGGUGUAGAUGAAACAUGACUGCCUCCUGGCUCAUUUGGUUUUUGGCGAGCGCCAUCUUCGUCUCCAUGGUUCUCCUGGCUGUCGUCUGUCUGAACUGCAGGAACAAAGGCCCUCUGGUCUCCAUCAGGCAAGUGAACGCCUCAGAGGAGUACAUGCCAUCCACUGAAUUCAGAAUCAUCCAUCCAUCUCAGCCGUCCACAGAUCUGAACUCCAUCCACCUUUCCUCCAACCUGCUGUCACCUUUCUCACCUUUAGCUGAUCCUGGAACUCAGCGGAGACACAGAUCCUUCACGCCAACAGAAACUGAAAGUAAUCCAAGUUAUGAGAAUCCAGCAGACGGUCCUGACUACAUAAACACUGAGAGCGAUGCAGAAGACCCCGGAUACAUAAUCGUGUUGCCUGAAGGCGAGACACCUCUGACCAAUCAGAGUCGAGCCUCGACGCCCAGCUCAGAUGUUCAGCAUGAUUAUGUGAACGUCCUAGAGAGCAAAGAGGAGAGAGACUAUCUGAAUGUGGAGCCACUGCAAUUUCACACAGGGUCAACACCAGAUCUGUCAACCCAAAGCGACAGUGAUGACGAUGAGGAGAGUGACGAUGAGGAGAACUACGUAAACGUGCAGAGUGCGACACAGACUGAAUGACCACAGUGAGCUUUUUAAAAUGCCAUCUACAUGUCUUCUUGUACCUUUAACUCAUAACAGUGUUUAUUUAAAACUGCUGAACGACUGAGAAAAGAAACUGAGGAUGAAGAAUGAGUGUUUUUCUCUCAGUUUCUGAAGAUUCAGCUGAAGGAACGUUUCUUUAACAGGCAGAGUUUGUCUGAUUUAUGAUCUGUGGCGGUUAAAAACAAAUAUUCUGCCAGUGAGAGGUUUCAGUUUUAUGACCAAUGCAUCUGUACUCUUGUCAGAUUUAAAAAGCCAUAAUAAUUAAAUGUAACAAAGUCGUAACAAACAACACAAGUCGAGUGACAUCUGGUUCCAUUAUACCAGAAAGAAGGUAGACAUCUCUACGGACAAUAUCUCCAACGCUCACAUCAAAACGAUCGAGACUGAUAAAUAGCACUAAAUAUAUGUACUUUUUGAUUUUGGGUUGAACUGUCCCUUUAAGUCCGAUUAAGAGUACAAUUUUGAAUGAAAAAUAACUGAAUUUCUUGACAAUCCUUCCAACAGUUGGUGGGAUGUUUUAGUCUGGAUCAAGAGACGAACACGUCAUCAUUGCAAAGUAGAAAACAACACAUUUCUACUGCACAAAAUUUGGUUUACCUUUUGAGGCUAAUCCUUGUUUUUAUUGCUUGUACAUUUAACUGUUAAAAAUGAUUAAAUUAACAUAGCAGGACAGCUAUGAAAAUACCCCCAAAACACAAUCAUUUCUCCUGUUAGCCUUUUCAGUCUCUCUCCAUUUAACUCUACUAAACCAGUCAGAAGUGUUCACUUCUGUAGUUUUUUAAAGAAUCAUUUUUGUCAUUGUUUUCCUCCACAGUGUGUGGAGUACGCAUGUUUGAGCUUUACUUUGAUUUACUGACAACUCCUGAGAAUGUCUUUAUUCCCGUUUUCAUGUUUGUGGUUUAUUUAUGUGUCGCUACCAUGGUUACUGUCACUGUCUCUGGAUCUGUAAUCCACUUGUGUGAACUAGAAUUCUUUUUCUAAGUAACUACAAUUCAAUUAAACAUUCACAAAACUGUGAACUCGAGUUGAUUUUGUUCCUUCAUAGUAACAUCUACUUUGUUGUUACAAACUGAACUUUUCUUUGGACAUUUUUGACACUUUAGCGGAAAUUACAAAGAAAAACAAAUCAGGCUGCUGUGGUACUCUGCUUGUGAGUUCAUAAAAAUAUGUUUUACAUUUAUGUGUGUGUUGAUGUAUGUAGAGCCAGGCUAGCCAAUUCCC